GUUACAUCAGCUAAGCUCUCGAAAUGUGUUUGGAGUACUUAGCAGCUAGCACCGCAUACAUCCACAAACACACACACACACAGCUGACCAACAUGAAGUCAACAACCAGGAUGUACACACACUCACACACACACAUAUAUUCACACACGCACACACAGAUAUAUACACUUACGUUAAUUUCGUUUUUCAUUUCAGUUUCUUUUACAAUCUACACACAUUUUUCUGUUUUUGCUUUUUCUGAUAAUUAGUGCUGCUCAAUGUGAUGAUGCAGUAUUUCUUAGCACACCGUAUAUAUACAUACUAAACACAAAUACAUACAUACAUACAUACAUAUAUAUAUAUAUACGCAUACAUAGAAAAUAUGGAGACUUACCCUAAUAAUGGACCUUAUAAUAUCAUGAUGUCUUCCUUCGAAAAGGACAUUUUUGGAUCCAAUGAAGAAUUAACUAAUUUGUAUCUUUCUUCUCUUCAAGUUCCAAAUAAUGGUUCUUCCAUUACUAUCGUAAGAAACAACAACGCCAAUGCAAGAGACGGUAUAUCCAACCGUGCAACCUCCCCUUCUGCAGUUCCUUCAAACAUUCCGACACCUGGGGGUAAAAUAUUGAGCAACCGAGCACCUCAUUCAGGACUUGAGAAACAGCCUGGACGAAUCCCUACACUAAAUACUGGCCAAGCUAUUCCUUCACAGUCCUCGAAGUGUGCCUUUCAGAAAACACCGGCAGCUAACAAGAACUCUAUGCUUGAUAAGUUUAAAUUCUUCAACAAAGAAAAAGAAAAAGCUAAAGGAAGUGGCAUUGUGAAGAGUCCGUCCCGCUCCAGUAGCGGCAGUAGUAGCAACAGUGCAAGUAACUUGCCACAGUCUCGUGGUGAGCAAGAAACGGUCAGCGACAACAAGUCCUCUUCCAAUAGCGCUCGUGGUUCUAGUUCAAUGGAAAAUGGUUCUCUGACCAUUCCCACUGGAUCGAGUAGCCCCAAACUAUCAAGUAAGAUAACUAAAAAAGGAUUAGGUCGUACAUUUAAUGCGAAAAGAGAUUCUGCUGGAUUAUCUACGGAUGAUAAUACUUCGAAACGAAGCACACCCUCACCUUCACCCCGAACCCCGAGUCCAAAUUAUUCGAAUCAAUCGGCGCCAACGUCACGUAAAAUUUCUCCCCCUCCAGGGAAAAAGAGUUCUUCUGGAAACCUGAAAUCGGAUAGGAAUGAAUCAAAGCGAGAUGAUGAAUCUAACAGUUCUAAGAAGAAUUCAAAAAUUACCAGUCUGAUUCCGAAAUCUGGUGCUAAAGCUGGCAAACAACCCUCUCCGGGUUCACAGAUACCUCCACUAUCAACUGGCAUUCCAAAACCAAAAGGAAAAAGUAGCAGCAAAGAAGAAAAAGUCAAAGUGCCAUCAGCCGUGCGUGACCACAGCAAAGGAGGACACACACAACUACUGGCGCCUUCUUUAUCGAACAGACAGUCUUCGAAAAGUUCCCGCCAGAAUUUAAAUAUCCACCAACCUCCCCCACCACCACUACCAGAUGAAGGGCAACUAUCUCAACAGUUGCUCAGUAUACCAAGUGAUAAUGUUACAGCUAAGGACGGCUACGAUUCCCAUAUUUACCGAGACGGAGAUCCACCCUGUCUUGUAAAUUCUCCGACGAUCCGACAGGUAGCUGCAGUCCAAGGACAGAAUAUUCGUUGCCUCAGCCCCACAACCAUGGUAGGCAAAACAGGUAUCCCGGGCAAAUCCAACAGCCAUUACGUAGAAGUGACUGUGCCUGCAGUUGGUUAUGAGUCCGAACGAAGUAGUAGCCACAGACAUCAACAGAACCGGGACAAAGACUUAAGUUGUGCCGAACGUAGCGAUGCUAUCUCCCAAAGUGUAAAUGUUGUCAAACCAACUCGUUCCCUGACACCAAAUUCUUUCCCACCAGUGGCUAAAGUCGAUGGAAAUACUCAGACCAAUCUGUCUGCUCUACAGCGCCAGGCUAUUAAAAAGUUGGACACUGUCAAGGAAAACAGCCUUGUUGGAGACGAUAGCCAAAGUCAAGAGCAUCAUUUGAACAGUCAUUGCCAAAAUGAAGGUUAUCCUUCACACGCAAACAAUUACGAGGAGUUAAUAGCAGCCGAAAAACCAACUCCGAGUUCUACCAAUUCUCCUCGUCUUGGAGUCAAAAUUCUUAGUUCGCAGCUCGCGAAACCAGCGAAUAAUGUGGCAAUUGUUCAACCGAGACAUGGUGAAAAGAUCGAGACCACAUUUGACACAGAGGUGCGAACUGAGACUGUUUCUAAAUCUGGUAAAGAGACUCUGAUAUUGGAGAAAGACAAUAAGGAGACUACAUUUAUCGAUGAUGCUGGGGAGACGAUGGAUAUCAAACCUAUGCCCCCGAUCAUGAGAGCCAUGCCGUAUGGCUACUUCAGGGGUUAUGUUGGUACAUCGUCAAACAAAAACUUUCAUAUCCCGGGAAUAUCCGUACCAACUUCUCUGUACGCCGGAGGUGGCAGCGGCGGUGGUGGGAGUGGGUCGAGUCGGCUCAGUAUGAACCGGUCGUACAUGGACCAAGGGGGUUACUACAGCUCCAGUUCCAUUAAGAGAGCGAUGUCAUCGGGGGGUCAGAGCGCUCUAGAAAGCGACUACGCAUCCGAUUUGGAUACCUAUGACUAUAUAUCCGGCUACGUAUCCGACGGAGAUAUACUGAGAAGCCGAGGAUGUGACGAUAUGGGUAGUGGAUAUUUAAGCGAAGGAGGUGCAUCACUGUACGCUCGUCGGUUACAACAGCGAUUCCGUGAAGGAAUGCAAGCAGUUAAAGAAUGCAUGCAGAAAAGUAGCGGAAUUUUGGAUUACGACAGAAACAGUAAUGCUGCCUCCUGGAGUCCUAAGUCCAAUGCUACUUUCAGGCUGUCCCUAUAUCCUGAUUUCUACUUCCAUUGUCCAUCCUUUGAAAACACGGAACUUUCAAAAAGUGAUGGCUUUGAUGAUAGUAGCUCAAUAAGCAGUGGGGAUAUAAGUGAUACCAUUGCUGAAAUAAGCACAGACGAGAAUCUAACCGGAGGUUCCAACUGUUCAGACAGCACCAACCCCUACAGCAGUUUGAAACGGACACCGAAAGAAGGUUCUCGUACUAUGGUCAAUGGUACUGUCCCACUGACUAGCAAGCGUUUUGGUAUACAUGGUCCUGGCAUUUUGUCUUCAGAUUACCAAAGUCCGAGCCACUUAGUUUCCAGCUGGAGAAAAUAUUCGCUGCCCCAAAACAAAGCCUAUGGAGGGUCUGAUUCUGGUGAGAGUGCAUACGUGUACAGCAGCUUUGACCAUUCUCAUUGGCGGAAACCUGAUGGCUCCGUUGGGCCGUUAAGGAAACUGACCAGUGUCAGCCAUUCUGAUCUCGGCAUCAGUUUACAUACAAGUUCUAGUUUCUGCGACAGCGAUCGCUAUUCUACGAAGAGAGAUUCUGAGACAAACACUGACCAAUCGUGUCUAAUGGAUGCCAGCAUGAAAAAGGUUCACCAAAACGGUAUGAAUAGCAGCAACAAUGGGAACAAUAGUGCAAUGAAUGUUAAUAAUUACGGUUACAGACGACCGCUCAGCAACGCCAGUUCUUCGUCAGUGGGUAGCAACAAGAGUAAUGGAUCGAAAGACUCAGUUCCUGGAAGGAUGGUAAAACAUGGAGACCGGUCUUCAGAUGGACGUAACGGAGGCUACGAAGUUCCAAUAACGUCGAUUCCUCGCCCUGGAAGCGCUCCGAAACCGAGUGGAAUGUCAAUGUCGGACGUGGGUCCCGACGCAUAUUCUAACUCGACCUUGGAAAGAAGGAAGAAAUCUGGAAACCACACCCCCAAGUCUACCACUUCUUCUCAGACUGAUUCUGAACUUUAUAAAUCGAAUACUUUAGGGAGGAAACUGCUGAGCAGUCGUAAUAGCAUGGGCAACAAAAACGGUGAAGGUUUGUGUAACAGCACAAUUAUAUCGAAUCCGCACGCAACCUAUAGCAAGCACGACUCUUCUGGCCGUCCGUAUACGACUCAUAACCCAUGUCACCAGAGUUAUUCCAAUUAUAUAUCUUUAGAUUAUUCCAGUCCACGGCAUUCGGCUUCUGCAAAUAAUCCAUGGUUGAAAAACAGCAAUGGAAAUUUGAGUUCAGUUGGCGGCCACAGCCCUAUGCAAAUGUCCGAAACGGAAAGCAUGGAAUCUAUCUCUUCGACAGCUUCUAGCAUUCAGGCCCAGCUCCAGCAGGCCCGUGCAUUAAGCAGUGCCAGCUGUCGAAUUUUGGCUCAUCAAAUGGCACAAAAUCCGAACAUGGGUUUGCAUCGUUCGAACAGCAUCAGGUCGACGCAGUCUGAAUGCCUCUAUUCAAGCAAUCACCACACAAUCUCUGAAGAUCUGACACGCACAAAUUCAUAUUCACAAGUCAAUAGCCCCCACGAGCAGCCUUCUUCCCCCACACCAAGCAACAGCUCGCACUCAUCAUCUCGCUUCACCUAUCCCAUGACUGCUUACAAUCCCAGCAUGCUCAGCCAAAGCUACACUCAAAACAUGGUACGGUCCAACACUCAGUCGAGUAUGCCUUACAGCAGUCUUGCUUUGUCAAAGAUAAGCAAAGAAGAAGAUGCAAGUUUGCAUGGAUCUUCAUUGUCGCUAGUAUCGACCUCGUCAUCCAUUUAUUCUUCCGCUGAAGAGAAACAUAACCAAGAGAUCCGUAAACUACGGAGGGAGCUCGACUCUGCCCAAGACAAAGUCAGCACGCUGACCACCCAGCUGAGUACCAAUGCCCAUGUGGUGGCUGCUUUCGAGCAAAGUUUGUCAAAUAUGACAAAUAGACUUCAGCAAUUAACUGCUAGUGCAGAGCAGAAGUGGCCACAUCACCUCCCAAUGGAUUCGGAACUCAACGAAUUAAGAGCGACAAUUGAGGCCUUAAAGCGACAAAGCGGACUUAACAAUCCCGAUUCAACAAUCAGUCCGAAUAUUGGGCGUAGACAUACUUCUCCUGCUGCAGGAGGAUCAGAAGCUCGUAUAAUUCGGCAAAUGUCCUCAGACAGCAUGUCCAGUAUCAACAGUUUGUCUAGUGCUUGCAGUGCUGCCAGCCAGCAGUCUGCUGCCACAGAUGGUGACAUCGGCAAGAAAAAGAACAAAAAGAAGGGCUGGCUGCGUAGUUCAUUCAGUAAAGCCUUCUCUCGCAAAAAGAACAAACAUGGAUCUAUGUCAGACGUGGAACCAGAUACCACUAGUCUGAGAUCUAAUUGUUCUGCUCCAAAUUCUCCUCUUUUACAACUUUCUCAUCUUAAUGGCCCCGGAUCUAUCAAGGGGUCACAUUCUUCUGGAGCAAUUUGCGAAUCGGAGGACUCGACUGUCAGUGAACUGCGCAAACAACUCCGUGAAAAAGAUAUGAAGUUGACAGAUAUACGCCUCGAAGCAUUAACCUCAGCUCAUCAACUCGAGCAAUUACGAGAAACCAUGAAUAAAAUGAGAAAUGAGAUGAGUGCUUUGAAAGCGGACAAUGACCGGUUAACUCGAAUGGUCACCACUAAAAACCUAAAUAUGUCGACUUCCUCCCUACAUCACCAAGUGAGCAAUGAUUCUCUUGACCGCAGUCUUAGUUUGGCAUCAUCGGAUCACGGUAGUCUUGGCAGAAGAAAACAAAAAAUGGGAAUGAAAUCUCCUACACAGUCAGAUAUAAUGCAGAUCCCAGAGACACCUGAUCGCGAAGGAAAGCGAGUAACAAUCACUGUUUACUUGGGGUCAAAUCCUGAUCCAACUAGGGCUCCAGAGAAGUUGCCAGAGGUUCUUAUUGGCUCUUUAUCUGUAAGUGGCAAAACCAAAUGGGAUAUUCUAGACAAUAUUGUACGAAAGAUAUUUAAGGAGUAUGUUUUACGAAUCGACCCAAUCACCAAUUUAGGACUGAGUGCUGAAAGUGUGUUUUCUUAUCACAUCGGUGAAAUUAUACGUACCAAAGACGCUGAGGUUCCUGAGUUGCUACCUAUCGGCUAUCUUGUCGGGGACACGAUGCAAAUCGGUAUUUGUCUUAAAGGUACCAAGCAGAACAGUGUUGAUUCGCUGGCAUUUGAAACCCAAAUCCCCAAAUCAAUUAUUCAGCGGUACGUUUCACUGCUUUUAGAACACCGAAGGAUUAUACUGUGUGGACCAAGUGGAACAGGUAAAACCUACCUGGCGCAGAAAUUAGCUGAACACUUAGUACUAAGGUCUGGGCGAGAACUUACUGCAGGGUCAGUGGCAACAUUUAACGUUGACCAUAAGUCUGGAAAAGAACUUCGCCAGUACCUGUCAAACAUUGCAGAGCAGUGUGAGAGUACGAGUGCCGGAGAACUACCUAGUGUUAUUAUAUUGGACAAUUUACACCAUGUUGGCUCUUUGGGGGAAGUCUUCAAUGGCUUUCUGAGUGUCAAAUACCAAAAGUGCCCUUACAUAAUAGGAACGAUGAACCAAGCUACUGGACUAACCACCAACCUGCAACUACACCAUAACUUCAGAUGGGUUCUUUGUGCCAACCAUAUGGAACCAGUAAAGGGAUUCCUUGGUCGUUACCUACGCCGCAAAUUGGUAGAAGCCGAGGUACACAUGGGUACCCGAAAUAAUGACCUAAACAAAAUCAUCGAUUGGAUUCCCAAAGUAUGGCAGCAUCUUAAUAAAUUCUUAGAGACCCACAGUUCUUCAGAUGUCACCAUUGGCCCCAGGUUGUUCUUAUGCUGUCCAAUGGACAUCUCAGGAUCCCAAGCAUGGUUCACAGAUUUAUGGAAUUAUUCCAUUGUUCCUUACCUAUUAGAAGCUGUUAAAGGAGGUUUACAGUCACGUAAACUGAAUGACAAUGAGCUCUACGGUAGAAGGGCACCAUGGGAAGACCCCGCAGAAUGGGUGAAUGAAACUUACCCAUGGAAUACUUCAGGUAAUCAUGAUGCGCCAUCUUUGCAACGUCUGCGACCAGAAGAUGUUGGCUAUGACACUCAACCAGCGCCCCCCGACUCACCGAAAUCAAAGUCUGAAAAUAAUACAACCAAUGACGGAAUAGAGAGUGAUGCUUUGACAAACAAAUUGACAAAGUUUCAAGAAACGACAAGUCCAACAUCGUCAAAGAUUCCCACCAUUUUAAACAAUGAAAACGACACAUCAAACCAGGAUAAUUAUAGUAACAAUGCCCCAGAAUAUUCCAACUGCAGUGUCGAAUCGAUGUUAUGAAUACUUUGACUAUGAAAAUACACAUACACAAACAUACACAAACACACACAUACAUAUAUACAUAUAUAUGUAUAUAUAUAUAUAUGUAUAUACAUAUAUAUUCUCAUUCGUUCUUAAAAAAUAUGCAAUGCCAGAGCUAUAAAUCAAACAAACUGUGAGUGGUAUUUAAAAAAAAAAGCCAAACAAAAUAAUUUAAACUUAAAUUAAAAACAAUUAAUUAAUUAGUUAAUUAAAAGACAAACGAUACAAUGAAAGAGAAUUCAUUGUUGAUGUCCUACUUUGGCAUGCAUAUAUAUAUACACAAACUUUACGUUGGAUCAUUGAAACUUGUUCAUUUUUGCUCCUUCCUUUGUUGAAAAAUACACAUCUAAAACUCAAGAAGCAUCUACGAGAAAUAAUGAUAUGAAUAAUAAUGAUAAUAAUAAUUAUAAAAACAUUGAUGAUGGUCGGUGUAUAAUAUUCACUGCAGUAGAAGUCUCUAUUACUGAACUUUGAGACUUUUCUCUGUAGAAUGCAAUGGAAUGACCAACUGGUUUCUUUGAAAUGGACUUUCUCAUUUCUUUUGCUUAUACUCUCUCUCUCUCUCUCUCUUUUUAUUGCUCUACUUUUAUAUAUAUGGAGGCGAGGAAAGAAAAAGCUCAGAUUUCAGUAACAUCAUCAUAUUAUAUUUAAAAAAAAACAUAAAGACGAUGAUAUUUUGGUCUCAGACAACCAACAGACGAACAGACAGACAUUUUUGGUCAUAUUAUUUAUUAACCACUGCUGUGAAUUUCCCACUCAUAUGAUGUUGUAUAACAAAGAGCAACAAAUACUGACCCCCUCACUCCACCCACGACCACCAUUAACCAAUACCAUCACUAUCAUAUUUAAUUAUAGUGAACAGAAAUGCAAGUCUAACUUUCAACAUUUCCUGAGGUUUUGCACAGCUAGGAACAAAAAAAAACAAAACUAUUUUCAUCUCGUUCGAGUGAUAAAAUUCAAAUAAUAAAGUCAAAUAAUUUUUCUGAAGAAGCAAAAAGCAAAUUGCAGUCUGUUGUUGAAGCUCAGAUAAAUGGUGGAUCAACUAACAGGUGAGACAGGUGAAGCUCAACUGAUCAAAUAAAUUCAGACAAGCAGAGAGAGAGAGAAAGAGAUGAUCAUGAAACUCAACAGAUGAGUAUAAAUGAUGAUUGAUGAUUUCUGGUUUUUGGUUUGUUUUUUUCUUUAAAGUUCAAUGGAAUCUAAACCAUUGGGUGCGGAUUGUGAAGCUCAAGUGAUAUUUAGCCAUGUGAGGAAGGAUCACACAAGCUCAGUGGAAUAUAAACCAUCUGGGGUAAAGAAAGAUAAUGGAAGCUCAAGUGAUAUUUAAUCAUUUGAUGCAGAUUUGUGCAGCUCAGUUGAAUCUAAAUCAUCAUAUGAAGGAUAUGGAAGUUCAAGUGAUAUUUAAUCAUCUGGUGUGGAUCAUGCAAGCUCAGUUGAAUCUAAACAACUGGGGAAGAUCGAAGCUCAAGUGAUAUUUAACUAUCUGGUGCUGAUCAUGCAGCUCAGUUCAAACUCAACUAUCUGGUGCUGAUCAUGCAGCUCAGUUCAAACUCAACUUUCUGGUGCUGACCAUGCCAGCUCAGUGGAAUAUAAAUCAUCUGGUGAAGAUUAGGAAACUCAAGUGAUAUUUAAUUAUCUGGUGCAGAUCAUGUAACUCAGUUCAACCUAAACCUUCUGGGGGAAGAUCUUGGAAACUCAAGUGAUAUUAAAACCGUCUGGUGGGGCUCGUUCAGCCCAGGUGAUAUUUAACUAAUCAAACCAAAUCAACAGGUGAUGAUUGUGAAGCUCAAUGGUACUUAACCAACCAAACCCUAAAGGUGAUAAUCAUGCAGUUUUAUAAUUAGUGAUGGUGUAAUUGCUAGUUAAUUAACUGCAGUUUCUUAAAAACA